AUGGAACUUGAAGAAACUAGCUUACAAUUGGAACAAACUUAUGAAAAAUAUGUUGUUUUUAUUCUAAAACAAAUAAUUUCAUUUUUACAAUUUUCGAUACCACUGGUGAUUAGUUUUGGACAGCGCUAUCCUUAUCUUUUCUUAGGACUCACUACUAUCUUCCUAGUUUAUACCGUAUGGAGGAUAGUAACCAAUAUCUACUACAUUAUGAAAAAAUUAUUGUUACUAUAUUUGGUAAUCGUUGUGAUAUUCAUUUACUUAAGAGGAGUUAACCAAUUUUUAAACUACGACAUACCAUUUAUAUUACACUCUUUCCCUGAAUUCAAAGUUAAAUACAUAUCUCCCCUCGUUAACAACGAAUAUUUAGGUAUCAUUUUUAGAUAUUCGUCAACUCUUUUUAAAAUGUAUUUGAACAAGCUAGUGGAAAUCUUCGAAAAUAUGUAA